AGGGCUUCUGUAUUCUUGAGUUCCAUUGAGCUUGUCUGUGUGAAGAUAAAGCGGGAAAAUGUCAUUUCCAACUGGACCGCCGAUGGACCCUGGUCUUGGAGUUCCUCACUUGAUGUCUGGGGCGUACAUGCAAGUCCCAGUACCUGGAAUGAUGCCGGGAAUGUCAUUGGCAAUGCAACCCACUGGACAGAUGAUGGCGUUUCAACAACCUGGAGGAAUGCCGCCUCCUUUGAUGAGUGGUUUCGUGCCACGUCCACCGACGUCCGCGACCGUUUCAGCACCACCGCUUCUACGGACGUCCGGGGUUGCUGCUCGGAACCCACGUGCAAUGCACAUGUCCUCAUCGCAGGGUAAGCAGCCGCAAGGGGGUCAUCCAACGCCGUUGCUUGAAGGAGCGACUCCAGUGACUGUUUUCGUUGGAAAUAUAACCGAGAGAGCCCCGGACAUCCUUGUCCGACAAAUGCUCAAUACAUGUGGACCCGUUUUGGCAUGGAAACGAGUGCAAGGCGCCUCCGGCAAACUUCAAGCGUUCGGAUUUUGCGAGUUCGUCAAUCCAGACAGCGGCUUGCGGGCCAUUCGACUCUUACACGACUUUCAGCUCGCGGAUAAGAAGCUCGUCGUGAAAGUUGACGCGAAGACAAAAAGUGUGCUUUACAAGUUCAAAGGAGACAAAAAGCGUGAGUUGCAAGGGGAACCAUCUAGCGCAAAUGCAGACGAUGAAGACACGCCGGAUGCCGAUUACAUGGAUGACGGCAUGAAGCUAGAGGACGACGCCGUGAGGGCAAGAUUAUCGCACCUGUUGCUCGAAUUCAAGACACCCAUGGAAAACUACCAGCCGAGUUACAGCAACGCAAGAUCAGAGCCUAAACCGCGGCGAAACGCAGAUUUCGACAUGCAGGAAGACUCCAAUGAACCGAAACCUCUUCUCGACCCACCGGCGUCAGAUCUGAACAUAGGCGAAGAUCAAAUGUUGGAUAAAGAUCAAAAGGAGCUCAUUUCUCGUGAGAUAGGAAAAUUUAGGGAAACCAUGAAGCAGGAGGAAAUUAAGGAAAAAUCGCGUACUGAUGCUCGUAAACGCACAGAUGACGACAAAUCGAAGGAUCGGAGGAAGGACGAGGAGAAAGUCAAGAUGAAAAGCAAGAGUAGAAGUCCAUCAGCUGAAGUAUCUCAGGGAGGAUUUGGCGGAUCGAAAUGGGCUUCCAAAAAGCUUUCAAGCAAGACUUCAUCCAGAUCCAAGUCGCGUUCGAAAACUCGGUCUCGUUCGCGUUCCGUCGAUAGAAGUCGGUCUCGCCGUAAAGACGCUCCCCGUGACCGUCGUGUUGAGGAAAGGGACCGGGAUAGCCGUCGUCGUGAUCGUGACCGUGAACCGGAAGGCGAAAAAGGUGAAAGCCGGGAAAAGGUCCGUGAAGUAGAGGAAGAGUCCCGGGAAUUGGAGCGCUUGGAGCGUCGUGCCAGGGAGAAAGAAGCUUCUUUCCAGGAAAGAUUACGUAAAUGGGAGUUAAGGGAAAAGACGAAAGCCUCUGACUACAAAAAGGAGAAGGAUAAGGAAAAGACGAGAAAACUUGAGAUGCAAAAAGAAGCAAAGCGGCUAUUAGAAUUUCUCAUGGACUAUGACGACGAACGUGAUGACAUCAAGUAUUAUAAGGGUAGGGAACUACAACGUCGAUUGAAUGACAGAGAAACAGAAAAGGAACUAGAUGAUAAGGACCGGCAGAAGGAGAAGGAGGAAUUGGAGGAGCUUUGUGCUCGAAUCAUGUCUGAGGGCCACGCGGAUCCUCAGGUCGAAUUCCAGCGAGUGAAGACUCNAGGAUUUGGCGGAUCGAAAUGGGCUUCCAAAAAGCUUUCAAGCAAGACUUCAUCUAGAUCCAAGUCGCGUUCGAAAACUCGGUCUCGUUCGCGUUCCGUCGAUAGAAGUCGGUCUCGCCGUAAAGACGCUCCCCGUGACCGUCGUGUUGAGGAAAGGGACCGGGAUAGCCGUCGUCGUGAUCGUGACCGUGAACCGGAAGGCGAAAAAGGUGAAAGCCGGGAAAAGGUCCGUGAAGUAGAGGAAGAGUCCCGGGAAUUGGAGCGCUUGGAGCGUCGUGCCAGGGAGAAAGAAGCUUCUUUCCAAGAAAGAUUACGUAAAUGGGAGUUAAGGGAAAAGACGAAAGCCUCAGACUACAAAAAAGAGAAGGACAAGGAAAAGACGAGGAAACUUGAGAUGCAAAAAGAAGCAAAGCGGCUAUUAGAAUUUCUCAUGGACUAUGACGACGAACGUGAUGACAUCAAGUAUUAUAAGGGUAGGGAACUACAACGUCGAUUGAAUGACAGGGAAACAGAAAAGGAACUAGAUGAUAAGGACCGGCAGAAGGAGAAGGAGGAAUUGGAGGAGCUUUGUGCUCGAAUCAUGUCUGAGGGCCACGCGGAUCCUCAGGUCGAAUUCCAGCGAGUGAAGACUCAACGUGAAGCGAAUUACAAGCCAACAAUUUUAGUUGACGUUCCUCGUCGUCAAGUGGCGGAGGAAAAGGAAAAGCCGCGCGACGUUCCUCAACGUGUCAAGUCCGUGCCCAAUGGUGACGCUGCAAUUGGCUCACCGAGUAAGCCGCCCUCAUCUCCGCCGGCGCCGCCUCCAGAACAAGAGCCCGUAACAGUUCUUCCGCCAUCGCCGCCGUCAGCGGCGACGGCGGGUGGAGCUGUCGAGGUCAGUGUGCGUCCUCCGUCCCCGGCCGUGUCGCUCGGUUCUGUCGCGUUACCGCCUGCGAAGGAAAAGGCCGCCAUCCCGGCCAUGACGCUGACUGGAAGAAAGAGAGUAUUGGAUGUGCAACAAGCAUUUGCGGAUGACGACGAUGACGAAGAAGAUGGAGGGGAUUUCGGCAGGAGAAAACGCGGGAAACGUGCGGAGAAAAAGAAAACUCCGCCGGUCGCAGCGGCGGCGGUGACUACUGUGGCGGCGUCUGUACCACUUGCGGAGCCGGAGAAAACUCCGGUGGCGGGUCAGGACGAGAAUUCGAUGGAAGCCAUGGCAAUGGAGUCGUUAGACGACGGGAAAAGAUCUGCAUCGGGAACUCCGGCAGGAUCAGCAUCUCGCAAGAAAAGCGGGAACGAAGAAGACAAGCGCAAACAAAUCAAGGAAAUCAUUGACAGAAUACCCUCAGAUAAAACAGAGCUUUUCAAAUUCCAGCUCGAUUGGGAUAUGCUGGACAACAGUUUGAUGCAUAGACGAAUUAAACCCUGGAUCAACAAGAAAAUGGUGGAGUACAUAGGGGAAGAGGAACCGACGUUGGUCGAUUUUAUUUGCCAAAAAAUCAUUAAUCAUACAACGCCAAAGGAUAUCAUGGGGGACGUUCAGAUGGUUUUGGAUGAAGAGGCAGAAAUAUUCGUUGUGAAAAUGUGGCGUCUGCUCAUAUACGAAAUCGAAGCGAAGAAACUGGGCAUUGGAAAGUGAAAAAUUUGCCUCGCACCAGACGCAACGUGAAGUACCUCUCGGUUCUUUCAUACCAACUUUUCUUGGUCACUGAAAAAAAGGUUUAUAAGAAAGUUAACGAGCGGAACCGGCUCUUUCUUACUCCCGUUUCUCGCGAACUGCGACAAAAUGUUGUAUUCAUAGAUGUUUUCUUUUGUUUACUCUCCGUUUGUCCACUUUUACUCUUGCAGUUGGAGUCAUGUCCGGAGUUUUUUUUUCUGAAAUUUGUUACGAUUGGCGGAUGCUGUUAUCUUUUUUAUUCGCGUGUAGUGAUUGAAUUACUAUUUUGAAUGCACCGUCAGCCGAACAAAUUGAGUCCGAUUUUUUUACUGCCUCGCCGUCUCUAUGGAUCUUUUUUGUGCUUUUAAUCGCUAGAUCUUCGGGGGAUGGUUUCGGAUGAAAAAUCGGAACGAAGCGCGUCUAUGUCUUUGUUAUUCUUGGGUGUCGGAGCUUCUUAAAAGCCUUGAAAGGGAAAAAAAGAUUUCCGAUGCGUGGUGUUGAA